ACCCAAGACCUCUACCACAAGACCAUCCCAAAAGUACAAGUAUCGCAGUCAUGGCCUCCAACCACAACGACAACCCGUGGGCAGACCAAGGGAACCCACAAGGACAGAGCCAGCAGAGCCACAACCCCUACCAAGCGUACCAAGACCCGCCUCACAACCCCUACGCCCAACAACCACCCCCGAACCCAUUAGGUCAACAUCCCCCUCAAGAGCCGUACGUACAGUACCCGCCUCAACACCAGGACACCUCACCGUGGAGCCAAGAGCCAAGCCAAACUCAAUCUCACAAUCCAUUCAUGCAAUCACAAUCCCAUGACCCUUCCCAACAGUCCUACCAGCAACAACAAACCCCCCAAUCCUCUUACCCUGGACAAGAAGAUGUUCCGCCAGGUCUACCGCCCCGCCGCACAGCUACGGAGAUGGCUCUUCCUACCGGACAGGACCGUUCGCACCAGAUUGAGGUGAUGCAGAGUUACGAGGCUGCGGGACGAAAAGACGAUGACGACGAGAAUGUUGAAACGCUGCAACGAGAGUUUCCGAAGAUAGAUGGAAGUCUGAUUGCAGCGAUCUACGGGGAUACCAAAAGCUUGAGCGCUACGAGGGAAAUGUUACAUGAACUGCAGUAAGGCAACUUCGGGGAAAUCCUAUAUAUCCAUGGACGACGAAAUGAAGUAGGGGUAGGAGAGUCACUAUACGCCGAAAUAUUCAUGAGCAUCAUUAUGGAGGCUUUGCAGGUACAGAAAGGUGCUGUAAUUGCAUAGUCCAGAUGUCGGAAACGUGCCUUUCCUCCCCAACUACUCUACCAAAGACCUUUUUGUUCCUCACUUCGCGUAUACUGAUUCCCCUUCUUGUGUUGCUUUUCUGCAGAAGAGUUCCCGUGAUCUAUCUUGACCGAGUCUCACGUGCAAGGCUAUAUGUUCAGCCUAUACUUGGGGCGCAC